CGUCUCGGCCAAUCACAGGCGGCCACAGUGUGUUUGGAAACAACACACGCAACACUUCAUAUCUUAUUAGCAAAAAGAAACUUCUUGAAACAGGAAGGAACCUCACUAUCGUGUCCUAUUGCAUGAUCGAAUCGCGAAGCCUUCGACGAUUAUUGUAGAUAUUUGAUGCGUGUCUUAAUAGAUUUCUAGUUGGUUUGACUAAGAAAGAAAAUGGAAAAUUGUAAGGUCUCGGAUAAAGAGACGAUCUCGCUGGUCAUUAAAACGCCUAAUCAGUUUCACGGCGAUCAGCUGAUCGAGGGAGUUCGCGUGGACUGGACCGUGAAAGACCUCAAAUGUCACCUCUCCAAGGUUUAUCCCACCAACCCGGCUGAGAAAGAUCAAAGACUCAUUUACUCUGGCCAACUGCUUCAGGACAACCAGCUUCUGAGCGAUGUUUUCUCAAAGGUUCCUUCAGAAUCCAAGCCCACUCUUCACCUGGUGUGUGCUGUGAGACCCCAGACUGCUGCCCAACUUGGAGCGAGACCCAAGGUGACAUCAACACAGCAGCAGAGUUCCCUGUCCACCCCACUAUCUGCUAGCCAAAGCUCAGAGUCUUCAGGACCAUCUGUGACCUCUGUACCCUCCAUGGACGGCCUUAGACAGCGAGGUCAUGGUGCCUGGCCUGGCACUAGCAUGUCUACGCCUGUAACAGCAGCGAUGACCCACCCAUCCUUCCCCACAUACUCCCUCUACAGUCCACAACAGCUCCUGUGGUUGCAGCAGAUGUAUGCCCGGCAGUAUUACAUGCAGUAUCACGCUGCCAUGGCAGCCGCCGCCUCCGCUCCAGUGGCCGCCCCUGCUUCCUCACUCCCUGUUGGCCCUCAUCAAGCUGCUGUACCUGCAGCCUUACCCAAUCAAGGUCCUAUCAACGACCUGCCAGCUAAUCAGAAUGCCCCAGGUCCUGCAUUUAUCAACCCAGAGGGAGCCAAUCAGAAUCUGCGAAUGAAUGCCCAGGGCGGACCUGUGAUGGAAGAUGAGGAGGACAUGAACCGCGACUGGCUGGAUUGGGUGUACACCGCAUCCCGGUUGGGUGUCUUCCUGAGCAUCGUGUACUUCUAUUCUAGCCUGAGCCGCUUCAUCCUGGUCAUGAGCAGCCUGGUCAUUAUGUACCUACAUACAGCAGGCUGGUUUCCUUUUAGACAGAGACCCCAAGCCAGGCCUCACAAUCUGCCAGCACCAGAGAUCAUUCAGAACCAACAAAACCAAAAUGAGGACAGACAUCCAGAACCUGUGCUGCCCCCUGGUGAAGUGGAGGAUGCUGGUGUUGCUGAAGCUGCUAUGACGGCAGUGCUUGUUCCUCCAGUUAGACCACCCGUCCUAUGGAGAGCUUGGGUGUUUUUCAAAGCCUUUUUUGCUUCUCUGAUACCUGAGGCUCCACAGGGUGUUGCAAACUGAUCCAGAAAAAAUGUAAUCCGAAAUUGGACUCCAGAGUCCUUGACCAUUUAGGCUGGACAUAAUAAACAAAGGUUACUAAAAGUCCUAAAAUCAGUAGCAGUUUCCAGUCCUUUGACUAUGUGACCAAUGGUUGCACAUUCUGUAUAGAUAAACUGUUGGACAUGGAGUUGUAAAUAUUCCUGGACAUUUUUUUUUUGCACAGCACUUUAGAUAACCGCAAAAGCUGGAAUCAAUGAUAUCGGCCUCCUGUGCUGAUCCUCUUAUAUAGGCUCCUGUCAACAGGGCUUCAUUUUCUUGAAGUGCUCUACGAUGAGUGAUCUGAGGAUUAAACUCAUGGGAUUAUCUUAUUAAGGUUCUAGUAAGAUGGACAACGAAGGCCAUAUAUUGAUUUUGUUCUAAGUGCAUGAAUAGAUGGGAGGGUUCUUGGGAGAAUGCAUUUGUGGCACUUUGAAGCAAAUGGUGUUUAUGCAAGUAAUAUAUGCUUACACAUUCUUUUCUUAAUUAUGUUCCACCUGUGAAAUGAGCAAUGUAAAUAUUUAUGAAGGAGGUUUGGUAUAUGCAUUCAAGUAUUUGUGAGCAGAAUUUGCAAUUCAGUGAGCAGUGCAGAGUUUGUUGCUGACCUCUGGAUGAAAAGGCGAGUGAAUCUCAUCUUUACAAGAAGGAACUGCAAAAGAACAGAAAUUAAGAGUAAUAAAAAUGUUUGUAUCUGGUAUUUAUCAACACUGUAGCAUUACUGUCAUUUCAUGUAUAAAAUAGCUAAGCUAUUAGCAUUAUUAAGAUAAUACUCUUUGUACCUGGAAAUGAAAAAAAUAAACACAUUUUCUUUGUUUCAAUUUCACUUCACUAAAAAAGCUAAUAUAAAUAGUUGUUGAAUUCUG